UUGAAAGUAGUUUGUAAAACCUGAAGUAGCUCAAAGUGUCCUCCCUGACAUGGAUUAUCUGGUCACCCUAGCUAACUCCACAGCAGUGCUCGGCAAACUCCACGACGUCAUCAGUACCUCAUACAUCAUACUACCUCAUACUGUAAUUUUUUGCACAUUAAGCUCUUUUGCACAUUACACUUAAAGUAUUUAUUCUCCUAUUUAUUUUUUCUAUUUUAUUGUACCUUGGCAUUUUUUGCGUGGACAGCAAAUUAAGAAUUUCAUUGUACAGAGAAAUGCACUUUCUACUGUACAUAUGACAAUAAACACUUUGAAUCUUGAAUCACUUAGACCUGUGAUGAGGCAUUUUUAGUGCCCCCCUCUCCCCCCUGGUUGAGGUUACAUAGAUAACAGAAAACUUGCAGGCAAGGGAGCUCACAGAAAAAAAUAAAAGUACAAAAGCUGUAUGGGUAAAAUUAGAUGCUGAAAACUCAAAUGGCCUAAUUGUCAGUAGGCAGUGUGUGGCAGAAGGUCAACACUUCAAACCCAUCUUCACCACAUGUGUGGGUCCUUGAGCAAGGCCCUUAACCCCCAGCUCUCUGGGCACCCCAACAGGUGGCUGCCCUUUGUGAAGAGCUUACUUUACAAAGAGCAAGUUGUGGGAGGUGUAAAGAAAAUUUCCCCGUGCAAAUCAAUAAAGUGCCUAUUAUUAUUGUCGGUGUUUGCUAUAGAGCACCUAAUGUAGUUGUGGAGGAAAGCAGAAUGUUAUACAACAAUAUCAGGAUUAUGAGUGAUAAAAAUGAUGUGGUGAUUAUGGUUGAAUUUAAUUUACUAGGGAUACAGUGAGACGUGAGAUGCAGUAAUAUGAGAUGGUGGAAUUGGUGCAGGAUUGCUUUUUUACUCAGUUUAUUAAAUUUCCCACCAGGGGAGAAGCCAUUCUUGAUCUUGUUUUCUCUAAUAACCAGGAUAGGACUGGAAAACUUGAGGUUUUAGAACAGGGGUGGCCAAUCUUAUCCGCAAAGGGCCGGUGUGUAUGCGGGUUUUCGCUGCAACUCCCUAAUUAUAUUACUAAUUAGAGGACUGAUUGGCUGAAGAAUCCUCCCAGUCAGGACAUGAUAUAUAUUAGAUAUCACCACGAUGUCAUAGAUAUCUAACGUAUAUGAGAUCAAACCAUAAUCUCAUAAUGAUCUCACAGUGACAUCACAUGAUGAUAUCACCUGUCUGAUAUCACUGUGAGAUACCCAUAACAUCAUAUUGUACCCAGAAGCAGAUUAAGUGAUUUGUAGGCCAAUAAGCAAAGAUAGAUACGCCCCUCCCCCAUCCAUCCAUUUUAACCCAUAAAUAUUAAUAAAGCUAACCUAGGACCAAAUCAAAAUAGUGCGUUUACGCAUUGUAUUCAUGUAGAUACAGAUGACAUUUAGAGGUUGUGGGAUAAAUGCAGCUUAAAUCGCCCCCAGCUUCCCAAAGGAAGACGCGCAUCCUGUAGCACACAUUUUUUAACAAGCAAGUAAAUAACAAAAAGUAGCUAUAGAGCCCCUACACGGGGAGGGGGACAAAACUGGAUUUCUUUAAAUAAAUUAUCUGCUGCGCUAACAUUUUCCUUUGGCAUAUUUUCUAAAUACUGAUAUUUUCUGUUCACUACUCUACAACCUAUAUACCAAGCCAAGGCGUUUAUACACAUGCGCAGUAAGAUCAAGGAAUAAUCCACAUUGGAGACUGAGGGGUGGCGGGUGGUCUGAGACACAAAGAAUGACAGUUUCUGAUGCCAUUUUAACAUAUGGUGUUUUACAAAGAUAUAAUAAAUUAACGAUAAAAAAGUUUCUUAUAAGAUUAUAUGGCAUUUGUGGCGCCCAAGGCGAUUGCUGACCAUUGCCUAAUGGUAAAGUUAUAUAGCCUCUGACUGAACCUAUCACGCAUGCGCAACUGAGCAUAAUUUUGGCGCUAAAUACUGUACUACACAGCUCAGAUACAGUUUUACAUGAAUUUAACACAAAAGGCAAAAAAGUUCUGUGUUUGCGAACUUAAUACUGGAGAGACAGUCGUUGUGCCGCGGCCCUGGCUGUUUCUUGAGGGUAGUAGGUGGAGAUGCCGGUGGACUUCAUCCUUGAAUAAGACCAGGACAUACGCCAUUGCCAAUCCAAAAUGGAAAGAUUACGGAAUAGAAAAAAUUUGGGCAAAAAAAGAUACGUAUGAAGAAGCAGAGCUCUUCCUUGCUGAAUUAUCUGGUUUAUCAGACUCUGCAUUGGCUGAAGCAGGAUUGAACCCCAUGCAAAUUACAGAUGUAGAGUCUGGUACUUCUCAUUCACUACCACCAAAGAGAAUGAGGAAAAGAAAGAUCUUAUUUGAUGAGGAUGAGCUUGACAGUGCUGAUGAUGAUGAUAACCUUAAUAAAAAAGACAGAACAGAGAGAACUCCAAAGGCAUCAUCCCUAGCACUUAAGCCAUUGCCUACUCCCACUCCAUACAAUGACAGUACAGAAGAAUCAUUGUUACAUCAAUUUAAUUCUACAGAAUCUCCCCCAUCAACAUCAGCCAGACCCUACCCACUGACUCCCCCUUGUGCAUAUUCUCCAGAAUUAGAGAUUGGCACUGAACCUAUACUGAUAGAGACUGGCAGUAAGCCUACCACUACGUCUGGUACCAUAGCUGAAACGUACCUCAAAAAAAUUUGUGAUAUUGCAGUGGAAACAUUCAAGGCCGUGGAGGAGAUACGGAUGACUGCUACAAUCAUGCAGGAGGACAUAACAAAAAUAAAAGCAGCUCUGGUAACACACUUGCCAGAAGGUGAAAGGGAAGAGGUGUUUGCAAUAAAAGUUCAUGACACACCUGAGGAGUUUGAGGAGUUCUGUUGCAAGCUGGAAGAUCCCAACUUUAAGAAACUUGUGAUAAGGUUCAUGGUUGCAACUUAUGGACAAAAAUCAAUAGGCGAAACUGUGCGUGCCAUUCUCAAGGCCUCAAUGACGGACAGCCUGAUGGCCAGGUACAACCGAACAGGAACAAGAAAUAUGAGGAGUCUGCCUGACAUCUUUGAAAAAUGUAUCUUUUCAACAGUGAAAUCCUUCUACAAGGAGUCUGUUGGAAUAAAGGUAAAGCGAGGAAAGGAGGAAAUUACCACAACAGUGAAGAGGGAGACCGGCAAACAGCUAGAAAUAUACCUGUCAAAUGCAGCAAGCAGAGUUCGCCGCAAAAGUGGACAAAACACUCCUUGAUUACUAAGUUACUUGACGGGUCUUACAGUUUAAAGUGUUAUACAUGCAUGUGUAAUAUGCUUCAAACUUUACAGUUGGAUCAUACUUUUGGAAUGUUGAAUAAAUGAUAUAUGAACCAA